UAGAUUUAGAAACUACUACUCAAAAUUCACAAUCUGGGGGCUCAAGGUGCCAUUUUCGAUUACUGUGUCCAUGAUCUUGACGUACAACAUUACCCUUUACUGAUUCAGCAUUUCCCACAAUUCCUGCAAGGAAACCAUUUUUCAUCUUUAAUGUUGAAUGUUCAAUGUUCUUCCUGUUUAACCAAUAAACACCCAUCAUCAUUCAUCACUUCUUACACCAAAGAUCCGAAUGCUUUUCUUAUUUCUUUUAAGAAUUCAUCCUAGUUCCAUUUCUUGAUAUUUGGAGAUGAAUAAAGGGUUGUGAUCUGUGAAAUUAUAUAAUUGACAAGGACAAUACCAAUUUUGUAGUGAUCAUGGCUCAGGAAAGGUAUGCUCGAUUCGACGGGCAAAAUUCUUUGAACUUCUGUUUGAUAAUUUGUAUGUCAGGGUUCAUUUCAACUUGUGUGCUAGGGGCCUGGAUGACAUUAUCAACCGGCCCUAUCCGCACAAGAAUAUCAGUAGAACAGUUUAUGGGUGGGAUGCCAAUGGUUGUAAAACAGACUAUCGAUUCCUUGCCUAAGGAUGCCUUGAAAGUGAAUGACGGUAUAGGUAGUGUGCAGAUAGAUGGUGAUCAUAGCGUGCAGGGAACUAAAAUUAUAAUCCCGAAAAAGAAGUCUCAGAAUUCUAGUUCCAGUGAUGAUCACAAACGGGUUGAAAAUGAGUCGGGUUCUAGGAAAGGAGAUAAAAACAAUGGAGCAAAAGAGAGAAAGAGCGGAGAAGAUGAGACCAAUACAAGUACUCGAAAAGUCGAUAGAAACAGUGUAGGGUUGCACCAAAAAGAGUAUAGAUGGAAAGUAUGUAAUGUUACUACAGGGCCAGAUUAUAUUCCUUGUCUAGACAAUGUGCAAGUGAUAAAACAGCUACGUACAACGAGACACUAUGAGCAUAGGGAACGACACUGUCCUGACAAAGCUCCUACCUGUCUUGUUCCUCUACCUAAAGGGUAUAGAACCCAAGUAAAAUGGCCUAAAAGCAGAGAUAUGAUAUGGUUUGUGAAUGUUCCUCAUACAAAGCUUGCAGCUUACAAGGGGAAGCAAAACUGGGUGAAGGUUUAUGACCGAUAUCUUACGUUUCCUGGAGGCGGGACUCAAUUUAAGUUUGGUGCUCUACAUUAUAUUGAUUAUUUACAACAGACUGUUCCUGCUAUUUCUUGGGGUAAGCAGAGCCGUGUUGUAUUAGAUGUUGGAUGUGGUGUAGCAAGUUUCGGAGGCUAUCUUUUCGACAGAGAUGUUAUCACUAUGUCACUAGCUCCCAAGGACGAGCAUGAAGCGCAGGUUCAGUUUGCUCUUGAAAGAGGAAUUCCUGCUAUUUCUGCUGUUAUGGGAACAAAAAGAUUACCCUUCCCUUCCAUGGUCUUCGACAUUGUCCAUUGUGCUCGCUGCAGGGUCCCUUGGCAUAUCGAAGGCGGUAAACUCCUCUUGGAACUAAAUCGUGUUUUGCGACCUGGAGGCUACUUUGUGUGGUCUGCUACUCCAGUUUACAGGAAAGGUGCUGAGGAUACUGGCAUCUGGAAAGAAAUGUCGAAGUUAACUAAAUCGAUGUGCUGGGAACUUGUUAAAGUGGGAAAAGAUGCAGUAAACAGUAAGUCUGCUGCAAUAUUCAGAAAAACUACGUCGAAUGAAUGCUACGAGGGGAGACUUCAUAAUGAUCCUCCUCUUUGUGAUCAAUCUGAUGACCCUAAUGAAGCCUGGUAUACACCACUGCAGCAGUGCAUACAUAAAGUGGUGAAAGAUCCAUAUGAACGCGGAUUCAAGUGGCCGGCACUUUGGCCAUCGAGGUUGGAGGAACCUCCUUAUUGGUUGAAGGGUGCUUCUCUCAAGGACUUCAUUGAUGACUAUAACCACUGGAAAUAUGCAUUUGCCCAUUUGUAUUUGAAUGGGAUUGGAGUCGACUGGUCGUUGGUGAGGAAUGUCAUGGACAUGAGAGCAUCUUAUGGAGGAUUUGCUGCAGCUUUGAAUCAUUUAAAACUGUGGGUGAUGAACGUAGUUCCUAUCAACUCCUCAAACACUCUUCCCAUCAUAUACGAACGAGGUCUUAUUGGAAUAUAUCACAAUUGGUGUGAAUCAUUCAGUACGUACCCAAGAUCUUACGAUGUCCUUCACGCAGAUCAUCUCUUCUUUGAUCUAACGAAAAGGUGUAACAUAGUCUCGGUGAUGGCAGAAGUAGAUAGGAUUUUGAGGCCCGGUGGUAGGUUGAUAGUUAGGGAUAAUGUCGUGACCAUGGCCCAGAUAGGGAGCAUGGCUAAGACGCUUCAUUGGAAGAUCAUUUAUCGUAAUAAUAAUGAAGGCGUACUCUGUGUAAUGAAGACAUUGUGGCGUCCCUCGGAAGUGGAAACUAUAGUCAGGGCGAACGUAUGAGUGAUUUGGUUCCCUUACACAAUACACAAACUAAAAUGAGAUUUGAGAUAGGUAUUCUUUUAUUUAUUUGGCAGCAUCAACUAAAAUGCAACUGCUGUAUUCUUAUUCUUUUCUCCAUAUUUUGAGAUAGGUUCCCUUACACAAUACACAAACUAAAGUGGAUGCAGAAUUUUGAUUGUAGUAUUUUUCACAAGCUUCAUCCAAAACAAGUUGUAUUUUUCCUCAUGAUAGUUAUGAUUUGCUUGAUGUAAUUUAGUUUAGU